AUGUCAUCCAUGGCAAAAAUGAUCGGAAAAUUUGAUGGGUCUGGCGAUGUUGUUGUGUGGCUGAAAAAAGUCAAGCUGGUCGGAGAGCUUCAAAAGAUGGGCGAUCUGUCGUUAAUAAUUCCGUUGUUUCUGGAAGGAGAUGCAUUUGCUUUGUAUGAACAACUUAGCGAAAACGAGAAAGCCUCCGCCGUGGAUAUCGAAAAAGCUUUGUUGGAUGCAUUUGCGGUUGAUCUUUUCGAAGCCUACGAGCUGUUCAGGGAUCGCAGAUGGAACGAAGGCGAAUCCGUUGAUAUAUAUAUGGCCAGUUUGCGUCAACUUAUGCAGUUGGCUAAAGUUGAAAACGAAGAAUUAUUGCAACGAGCUUUUAUAACUGGAUUGUCUGGUGAAAUUUCAAAACAGCUACAAUUGCAAGUCAAAAUAUUCGGAAUCAACUUGAAUGAUGUAUUGAACCACGCAAGAGUACUUUUGUCAAAAGUAACGAAAGAAGAAUGUCUUUCAACAACAAUCUCUGGAAGUCAUGAAAGCAAUAGAAAAUCUGCUUAUAAAAAAUCUGUUUCACGAUUCAACUGUUACAGUUGCGGCAAGCCUGGGCAUGUUGCUCGAAGCUGUUUUGCAAAGAAAGAAACUGUUACUGAGGGAAUACAAUGUUUUCGAUGUGGAAAAACUGGACACAUUGCAAGAUUUUGCUCCUUGAAACAGGGAAACGCAAGUGGGAAACCUCCAGCGCUAGCUGUUUCCCUCGACAACUAA